AUGGAGAGCAUCGAGGUAAACCGUUCGACAUCUUCGGCAAACGUCGAACGAAGGAAGCAGACAUCACGCUCUCACAUGAACGUCGCAGCUUCAGCCGCAGUGCAGCAGCAGCAGCACCAGAACGAAGCAGUGUGUACAGCAGCCAUCGAAGAGCUCAGCUCCGUCGUCCAGCAUGUUGGCAGCAUCAACAACACAUCCAUCUGUGGAAGACUGGAACAUACCAGCAGAGCAGACCUCGCUGAUCCGCACUUCGACACCGUGGGACGGAUCGACAUGAUCAUCGGGGUGGCAAACUUCUACACCUUCCUGAAGGAAGGACGGAUUCGUCUGCACGAGAAAGGACCAUUGUUCGUAGAAACCGUCUUCGGUUGGGUAGUUACCGGAAGCCCACUGCCACCGGAGCAAAAGAUGGCAAUGAGAUGGCAUUUUAACAUCAUCACUCCAAGCCUCGAAGACCAGAUCGAACGAUUCUGGAAAGCUGAAGAAAUCGAUACAACGCAGACAGCAGAUGAAAGGUACUGCGAAGAAUUCUUCAAGAGUACGGUUUCGCGAGACGCAACGGGCCGAUACAUCGUGAAGCUACCGAAGCAUCAACAACACGACAAGCUAAUCGGUGCUUCAAAGGCAACCGCCCUACGACGAUUCGGAGCCCUCGAGCGGAAAUUGGGCAAAAACGACGAGCUUCGCCAUCAAUAUCACGACUUCAUGGCAGAGUACAUUGCGUUGCAUCACAUGACACCUGUGGAAGACGACGCAGCAGAUGGUCCCGCAGCGUGUUAUCUACCGCAUCAUCCCGUCUUCAAGGACACCAGCACCACCAAACGGGGCAAGGAUCUAGCCAAGGAUAAUGAGCCAAUGUUGGUCAAGGUGCUAGAAACAAAGCUGACAGGAAAGGCAGCUCAAGCAAUGCCAGAGGACAUCAUGAAGAUUGACGAUUUCAUUGCCGAAAUCAAGAAGCGAUUUGAAGAGAAGACCGACCCGUUGAAGGAAGGUGAACAAAUGAAGCCACCUUCGGGCAACGAUGCGUAUAUGGGAACAAAGAUGCGUCAAGCACCCAACGGCAACACCGACCAUGUUUUAGGUCAACAGCCGCAAUCUCAGCAAGAUUGCCAGUUUAUGCAAUAA